UAGUUUCCAGGUGAUGAAGCAGUCUACACUUCAGUUUGUCCCAUUCAAAUCUGAUUCGAUGGAUCCUGAAGAAGCAUCCAGAAGAGCAAGAGCCAUCAUCGCUGGUGUGAUAGACGAAGAACUGGUUCAGAAAGAAGCUCACGAAAUGUUAGCGAAGAUAUCCUUCAAAAAUUCAAAGAGGAAAAGAACUCUACCGUCAGUUUCUACCAGUCAAGACACAGAUAACCCUGAAAAUAUGGUUACUUGUUUGAAGAGUAUUCUCAAGAAUUCUUAUCAAGAUAAGAAAUCCCCGGGACUGGGGCAAAAAGCGUUGGAAUGUCCGACACAGUUUGCUUUUAUCUUAGAUUCUUGUGAUGUCAAUUUGUUUGACAUACACGAAUUUUUCUCUUUUAUAAAAUACAAACCUCUAACCGACAUCAUAAUGAAAAAUAUUUGCAUCUUACUGAAACAAAAAUGGAUCGUCUUAAAAGACAUUGCUGAAGAACUCGACGAAGAAAACUUUAACAAGGUGUGCUUUCAUUUGGUUUGCGACGACAGUUACUCAUCUCAAGUUAUUGAAUUUUUAGCAAGUAGAUCAAGAUACCGAUCAACGGUGACUCAAAUUUGUGUGUCUUCAGUAUUGGAGCCGCCCGGUAUAAGUCUAAGCUUAUUACAUUUAUCACUGGUAACCAUGAAUGAUCUUCUUUCUUCUCUUCUGAGACGUAAAGACACUUUGACCCUGGAAGAAACAUAUUCCAAAGUUGUUGACAUUUUUAAAGAGGAACUUCUCCAGCAGCAAGCUUGUAAGAUGCAGGAGUUUAUCCCGGAUUUAUCUCUAGCUAAAACGUUCACAGUUCUGACCACAACAUGUCACGUUUGUGAUGUUAGUCCAAGGUUUUUGAUCGUCAUUUGGAUUAUAAUCAUCAAAAUGGAGUCAGACGAUUCGGUCAACAAAUUCGAUUUUUUGUCUGAUUUUCUCAAAGAUGCAAUAACCAAGAGAAACCACCACAACUUCGCCCUGGCUAUAAUCAUUAUGCGUCUCCUGGAUCUGGUAGGAAAUCGAACAUACUCCGAGAGCUACCAGCUGUUGUUUGGGAACACUUCUACAAUUAUAACUUCAUCAAAAUCAGUAGAAUUCAUAAUGGACGAGUUUACAACCUUAGUUCCGUAUGAAGUGGGUAUGUUUUUAAAGCAACACAUUCAACUGCCUCUAAGAGGGGGAGCUAAGUUUAAAGACAAACUUGAUCAGUUCCUCAUUCUUGCAAAGACUCGUAUGAAGGAUUUUAGUCUGGUAGAAAUUGACAAAAACGUUGUUCAUGAUGUCGAAAAAGCCAUCGUUACUUUCAAGAAGAAAAGGUCAGUUCCGUCAUCCAUUAUAGAAGCUAGUAUCUUCAAGAAACAGUACUACAUCAAUCAUUUUUUACCCUGCUUGAUGAAGAAAAACUGCGUUGACGACGAAGAAGGACGGCAUGAACUGGUUAACGCUUUGAAAUCAGCAAACAAAAUCCCCAAAUCAGUUCUCAACAAGCCAGAGCCGGAAGUAGUGGAGAUAACUCUUGCUGAGAAUCUAGAAGACUUGAUAUCCAGCUUACCUACCCGAGGUUAUGAGAUCAAGGACGCAAUCUACAGCUUGUGCUGUUCUGGCUGUGAUAGAGACACUAUGACAUUGUUAAUCCAGACCGUGUGCUCUCACUGCAGCAAUAUUGAGCCGGUUGUGUUUCUAAAAGACUUUGCUGUGACCCACCACCUUAGUGAGAUGUUUAAGGAUUGUGUGUUGCAGCUGUGUCACAGAGGUACUGCAUGUAGCUCUGUUUUUGGUUUGUUGGAACUAUUUGACUCUUCGACUUGCAGUGGUAUUUUAAAAUCUGUUCUUGUACUUAACAGACUUCUUUACAAGCUGAUCCCCGUGUCCCUAGAGAUGGAAUAUCUUCAUAUCAUAGUGCUAGGAAAGCUUGACGAUAACAUUGAGGCUCCAAUUCCAGAUGCAGUUUGGAAGCAACUCUCAAUAGAAAGACUUUGUGAGACUAUCACGUGGUGGUCACAUGAUCCACAAAAACUUGCCCACUUUCAAGCCUUGGUUUCCACAAUCUUCGACAACAUUAUAUCCAACCAAGCUUGUAACGAUGUAUGCAUCAGCUUGUUCAAAUCCUCUCUCUCCCUAAACAUUUUACCUCUUAUUUCAUCCACUUUCAUUACCCUACUUCCUCUCACCUCCUUCUCCAAGCUGUGGGUAUACGAAGCUUUAGCUCAAGUUCUCCUCCCCCUCUACCAGACUUCUUCUGAGAAACCUGUCUCGAAGAUUAAAGAGAUUUUCAGGAACUUUUUCAACGUUAUAAACGUAGUGAAACCCUCGCUGUUGUACAGAUGUGGAGGGGUUAAAAGUGUUGAUAACUUGCUGAGUGUACUGGAUAGUUAUAAGAUUUACAUUACCACGGAGAAGUUCAUUUUAUCUUAUCCAGUUACUCUCACUAUUAUCAGGUCCGUUCAAGAUGAGGUAUCACUUAACGUUCUUCUAGAAAAGUCGCCCACUUUCCUUAUAUCAUGUGUCUGCUACACUGACGAACUGACGAAAAUAAGAGGGGCUGAGUACCUAAAAAAUAAUGACCAUGUCAACGCUAUCAUAUCCUUUUUAAAGAAGCUAGAGAAAGAAGGAGUUAGCUCUAACGAUUACCCGAAUGAGAGAUAUCGUCCUCAUAUCGGGGUCUGUUGGUUCCUUCUCUACGCUGACAAACAUCUCUCUGACUUCAGUGCAGUAUCAUUUCAAAACACUAUUAUGGAGGGAUAUGUCACUGCAAUCUUCUACUCCUACUCUAAUCUCUGGUUAUCUGGUACUCUGACCCCCAGACACGUGACUAACCUAGGAGAACUAACAGUGAAGUGCUGUCAGUACCAUGAUACUUACACAGCACCGCUACUGGAGAGAGGUGGUCCAGGCAAUGGUGUUCUCGAUCUGCAUUUUAAUGGUUACAAGAGUAGCAAAGUGUUUUGUCUCCUCUACCUAGGAGGAGUUGCUCACUGCUAUGAGAGGAGAUAUCAGUUACCAAAUACUAUCUUACCGCUUGCUAAGAAGUCUUACUCGCAGGCACAGAGGUUGGUAUACGACAACACACAAACUAUGGGAACUAUGCAGAAGUUCAUGAUGUCUGUAACACGUGGUACACAGGAUCCUGGUAACGCUGCUAAAACCUUUAUCAGCUGUCUUACUCGGGGGUUUAGUUUCAGUGGUGCUUAGUGCUUAGUGCUUAGUGCUUAGUGCUUAGUGCCCUUAGUGCCAUACUGUGGGUUAUGAUGGUGAACCAGAGAAGAAGUUAUUGUUUUUUCGUAGGUUAAUGUUGAAGAUGGUGUUUAUGGCUUAGUACUUUGAGUUACAUAUUUUAUGAAAUUUUUAAUGGAACUAAACUUUGUAUGACCAUUUUGAGUACAAUUUGAAUUUUGUUUUUUAAAUAAUUUGUAAUUUUAUCCCAGUUAUGUUAAAUCUUUAAAUGUAUAACUUAUCGGACACAUUAUGUUUUGUAAUCGAAUGAUAAUAUUAAUUGUCUCUGAUAGAACAUGAUCUCAUGAAGUGGUGUAAACUUAAAUUUUGCGAUACAAAAUAAUAUUAUUAGUUUAUUACUGUAAUAAGCAUGCUCAAUAAUAAGCAUUAGCACAUUAAGGUGUUGAUUCUUUGAUUUAUAACAUUAUUCAUUAUUAAGAGACGCCGCACUUUCGCUUUUGACUUGCAGGGUUAUCAUCACUUCUCAGAGUGCGGAAUUUGAAGACUUAUAUAAUAUAUUUGUUCGUUACUAUUGUACAUUAUAUUACUUUGUAUUGGUUUCACACUUAAAUCGAUCCAAUAGUUAUAACUAUAGCUACAACACUGCAAGUC